AUGACUACCGCAGCACCGACAGGUUCCUCAACCAAGGAGACUACGAACUACGCUCGCUUGUGUCGUCUGCUAGUUGAUGUUGGUACCCAGGCCCUCAGGGACGCAUUUGAUGCCAUCCAUCCACCGACAAAUCUUCGCACAAUUUCGAUGGUCAAUAAAACCACCUUACAGUCCCUGAGAACAAGAAAAGUUAUAAACGCGACGCAAUGGGGAAUGCUUUUUCCAGCCAUCCCUACUUCUGUUUCAUCGGCCAAUUUCGAAAUCACACUUUUAAUGAUUCUGUUGCGAAACAUAUGCUGCUCACCUUCUCCCGCGGCAGGCUGGGAUACACUUUCUGCUGCAACAGAUGUGAGUCGUGAAGCUGAUAUAACUCGUGUUAAAUAUUAUAGGAACUUUGUGUACGGUCAUGCCGAAUGCGCUUCAGUUGAUGACUGAACGUUCAACAUAUAUUGGGGUGACAUAAGAGACACUCUGGUGAGACUUGGAGGGGAAAAGUACUAGGCAGCCAUUGACAAUCUUGAAACUGAUUGCAUGGACCCUGAAGUUGAAAAACACUGCAAAGAACUUCUCAGCCAAUGGAAGAAGGAUGAAAAGAACGUUAAAGAUAAAUUGGAUGAAGUCAUCAAAAAGCUG